ACAUAUGCUUUUGAAAAACUACCUCUGCAUAACAUUUACGCAGAGAGAAAGAUGGGAGUGACCAAGGAGCAAGUUGAAGCUUCACUGACUUCAAAACUCAAUCCUGUUCAUCUGGAAGUCAUUGACACAUCUGGAGGCUGCGGCGCGAGUUUUGCUGUUGAGAUAGUGUCGGAAGAGUUUGAAGGGAAGAGGUUGGUAGAGAGGCACCGUAUAGUGAACGCAGCUCUUGAAGAAGAGAUGAAAGAGAUACAUGCUCUCUCUAUAAAGAAAGCUCAGACUCCACAGCAAUGGAAUCCAACUCCACCACAAGACUCUUCUGCAACAACAACAACUCCAACUACUCCAACCACAGAUGCUUGAAAACAAAAGAACCACAUGUUUUCAUACUUGCUAUGAUUAAAAAAAAGAAAAAAACUAAAAGAAGCUUGUACUUUGGUAUAAAAACAUCUACAGCAGAAUAAGUUAUAACACUUGGUUUGCUUUAUUGUCUACAUAAAACCACCAAACAAAACGAAA